CAAAAACCCGUCGGGAGGGCGAACACCUACCCUACCUACGCCGCUUUCCUCCCGCUGUGAUCCCAGUGUCCACUAUGGAGCUCGCGGAGUUCUUCGUCGCCUACCUGCAGCCAUACCUCCCCACGCCCGUCGUCCGAGUGCUUGUCCGCUGGUACCUCUACCUCUUCGUCGGCUGGCGGAUGCGCUCCGGCGACGUGGUCGUCCGGCAGAUCAAACUCGACCGCCAGGAGCGCACUCGCGCACCCGUCACGACGGAGGUCGAGGUGACCAACGAGCAGCUGUACGCCAACGACCCCGCCUUCUUUGUCGCGCACCUCGGGCCGCGGCUCAAGUACUCGGCUUGUGAGUGGCCCGUCAACUGCGGAGCGAGCACGAGCGACCCUCCGAGCUGCGCGGCGGCGCUCGCGGACGCAGAGGCGCUCACACUCGCAACGUACCAGGAGCGGCUUGGCCUCGCCUCGCUGCCGGCCGGCUCGCGCGUCCUCGAGUGUGGCUGCGGCUGGGGCUCGCUCACGCUGACGAACGCGGCGCGCUUCCCAAAGCUGCAUUUUGUCGCCUUUUCCAACUCGCCGCAGCAGAUCGAGUACGUGGCCAAGACGGCGGCGGAGCGCGGACUGGCCAACGUGAGCGUGCACGUCGAGGACUACGCCCUCUUUGUCGACCCGGCCACCUCCAAGGUGGCGCCCGCCGGCUGCGCUCCCUUCGACGCCGCGGUCGCAAUCGAGACCGUCGAGCACGCGCAAAACAUCAAGGAGCUGCUGGCGGCCGUCGCGGCGCGGCUGCGGCCGGGCGGUCGCUUCUUCGUGCACUCGCUGCUGCACCAGUCCGCAUCAUACCUCGUCGACGCCGACUCGUGGAUGGGGAGGAACUUCUUCACCGGCGGCUCGAUCAUCUCUCUCAACUCGUACUUUCACCUCUGCCCGCCCUCGCUCCACCUCGCCGACGUCACGCCGGUGAGCGGCGAGGGCUACGCAAAGACGCUGCUCGCCUGGCUCGCGCGCAUGGAGCCGCAGCGCGCGGCUCUCGUCGCAAAGUACGGCGCCCCCUUCUACGAGGGCUUCCGCAUGUUCUACCUCUCGUGCGCCGAGGCCUUCGCGGCCAACCGCGGCGCCGAGUACAUGUGCGGCUACUACCUCUUCGUCAAACGGUAGGGGGGGCGCUGCGCCUGCGGCACGCGGCCAGGGUCGGAGGUUGGCCCGCGCGGUGCCGACUGGUGGCAAUCGUCGCAUGCGAGGUGUGUCUGUGUGGCGCGGCGCGCGGGUUAUGUCUUGUAUAUGAAUCCCGGGGCACGACCGAUUUUUGCGAUUAUUCAUCAAAAGUCUAUUU